AGAGGGGACGACGGCAAGGGAGGGAUGCAAAUAACGCAUGCGUACGGUCAACACUCGACAGAAGCUGUGAAGACAGGAAGAGCCAGAUCAAAUUCCCACCCUGUCCCUUCCUAUGCGAUAAUAAUAUUAAUCUUUUUUCAUCCCUCUUUCUCUCUCUCUCUCUCUGUCUAUUCUCCACAGCUAAAUCUAUAAUUCUCCGACCUCUCCGUCUCGCCAUCUCUAGCUAUAAUCCAUCUCUUCUUUCAGACCAUUCUCUUCGAUUGCUCCUCACAGUACCCUAAGAAAGUUAAUAGAAAGAAAAGGUGUGAAGUUUGGUUGUUCAUGGGGACAGAAUCGAAGAGCUGAAGAAAACAGAGGGACUGGUUUCAUAGUUGAUGGUCUUAUGGGUGCCGCCGGUUCCAAGCUCGAGAAAGUUCUUGGUGACCAGUUCCCCGAAGGCGAGAGGUAUUUCGGGCUGGAGAAUUUCGGCAAUACUUGCUACUGUAACAGUGUUUUACAGGCCCUUUAUUUCUGUGUUCCCUUCCGUGAACAAUUACUAGAGUACUAUGCAAAUAACAAAAAUCAGGGAGAUGCGGAAGAGAAUCUCUUGACAUGCUUGGCAGAUUUAUUCAGUCAGAUAAGUUCUCAGAAGAAGAAAACGGGUGUCAUUGCUCCAAAACGUUUUGUACAGAGAGUGAAGAAACAGAAUGAACUUUUCCGCAGCUACAUGCACCAGGAUGCCCAUGAAUUUUUGAACUUCUUGCUAAAUGAACUUGUUGACAUACUGGAGAAAGAGUCUCAUGCUACGAAAAGUUCUCCAGAGACUUCUCCGCCGUCAGCAAAGAUCGCAAAUGGGCCAAAGAAUGGUCAACCCAAUGGUGCUCAAAAGGAGCCAUUGGUUACGUGGGUUCACAAAAAUUUUCAGGGUAUUCUGACCAAUGAGACAAGGUGCUUAAGAUGUGAGACAGUAACAGCAAGGGAUGAGACAUUUUUAGACUUGAGCCUUGAUAUUGAACAGAACAGCUCAAUCACAAGCUGUCUCAAAAAUUUCAGUUCUACAGAAACGUUGAACGCAGAGGACAAGUUCUUCUGUGACAAGUGCUGCAGUUUGCAGGAAGCCCAGAAGAGGAUGAAGAUCAAAAGGCCACCUCACAUCCUGGUUAUUCAUCUGAAGCGCUUCAAGUACAUUGAGCAGCUUGGCCGGUACAAAAAGCUAUCUUACCGGGUAGUGUUCCCAUUGGAACUGAAGCUGAGCAACACAGUGGAAGAUGCAGACCUCGAGUAUUCCCUCUUUGCGGUUGUUGUUCAUGUUGGUAGUGGACCCAACCAUGGACAUUAUGUUAGCCUUGUGAAGAGUCACAACCACUGGUUGUUCUUUGACGAUGAGAAUGUGGAGAUAAUAGAUGAAUCUGCUGUACAGACAUUCUUUGGGUCUGCACAGGAAUAUUCUAGUAACACGGACCAUGGAUACAUCCUAUUCUACGAGAGCCUUGCUAACAAUACUAGCAAGAGUUAGGUUGGGGUUUCAAAUUUAUGGCGAGAUUUUUCAGUUGAGGAAGAUGAUGGGUAUUUGCGUCCUUCAUUAACUCCUUUUCUUUCUCGCUUUCACCUAUUUCCCCUUUCAUUAUAACCUGUGGGAAGAGCUCUCAAAUAUCAUUGCAAUGAGAUGUCAAGAGAUAUAUUGAGGUGGUUCCCCUGUACAGUGGAUGGUGGAAGCACACUGGCCUUGGGUGUGUUCAUCAAUAAGACAAAAGGAAUGUAAAUGGUGGUGAGAGUUUCAGAGACAUUUGUAUUUUAAUAUUUGUUUUAUAGUAGAAAUUAUAAUACAAUUGCACCCAAUUACUUUUC